AGGAGAAUUAGUCCGAGUGGAGCGAGCGAGCUGAGCGGUUUGGUGUUCUCUUCUCGGAAACCAGUAGCGCUUGCAGCAUGGCUGACCAACUGACUGAAGAGCAGAUUGCAGAAUUCAAAGAAGCUUUCUCACUAUUUGACAAGGAUGGUGAUGGAACUAUAACAACAAAGGAGCUGGGAACUGUAAUGAGGUCUCUGGGGCAGAAUCCCACAGAAGCAGAGUUGCAGGACAUGAUUAAUGAAGUAGAUGCGGACGGUAACGGUACAAUUGACUUCCCUGAAUUUCUGACAAUGAUGGCAAGAAAAAUGAAAGACACAGACAGUGAGGAAGAAAUUAGAGAAGCAUUCCGUGUAUUUGAUAAGGAUGGCAAUGGUUAUAUUAGUGCAGCAGAGCUUCGCCAUGUGAUGACAAACCUUGGAGAAAAGUUAACAGAUGAAGAGGUUGAUGAAAUGAUCAGGGAAGCAGAUAUUGAUGGUGAUGGCCAAGUAAACUAUGAAGAGUUUGUACAAAUGAUGACAGCAAAGUGAAGACGUUGUACAGAAUGUGUUAAAUUUCUUGUACAAAUUUGUUUAUUUGCCUUUUCUUUGUUUGUAACUUAUCUGUAAAAGGUUUCCCCCUACUGUCAAAAAAAAAUGCAUGUAUAGUAAUUAGGACUUCAUUCCUCCAUGGUUUCUUCCCUUAUCUUACUGUCAUUGUCCUGAAACCUUAUUUUAGAAAAUUGAUCAAGUAACACGUUGCAUGUGGCUCACUCUGGAUAUAUCUAAGCCCUUCUGCACAUCUAAACCUAGAUGGAGUUGGUCAGAUGAGGGAACAUCUGGUUAUGCCUUUUUUAAAGUAGUUUUCCUAGGACAUGUCAGCAUGUUGUUGUUGAAGUGUGGAGCUGUAACUGCGUGGCUGCGGACAGUCAACAAUAUGUACUUCAAAGUUGCACUAUUGCAAAACGGGUGUAUUAUCCAGGUACUCGUACACUAUUUUUUUGUACUGCUGGUCUUGUACCAGAAACAUUUUCUUUUACUGUUACUUGCUUUUUAAACUUUGUUUAGCCACUUAAAAAAAAAAAAAAUCUGCUUAUGGCACAAUUUGCCUCAAAUCCAUUCCAAGUUGUAUAUUUGUUUUCCAAUAAAAAAAUUACAAUU